ACGGCGUAGAAGAAGGAGAAGGAGAAAAAAAAGGAGGACCCUCCUGCGCUCCCUCCCAGAACAGAAGAGGCUCCAUUUUGUUUGAUUUGUGCGGUCACUGUCGACAGCCUGCACGGAAACACCACCAGGACCACUUCAAAUAUACGCGUGUUCAACGACCGUCGACCAUGAGUGGGUGUCGCAUCUUCAUCGGCCGCUUGAGCCCCUCGGCCAGAGAGAAGGAUGUGGAGCGGUUCUUCAAAGGAUACGGCCGCAUCCGGGACAUCGACCUCAAGAGGGGCUUCGGCUUCGUGGAGUUUGAUGACCCCAGAGACGCUGAAGAUGCUGUUUAUGAGCUUGAUGGCAAAGAGUUGUGCAAUGAAAGGGUGACUAUUGAGCACGCUCGCGUACGUCUGCGUGGCGGGCGCGGCAGAGGUGGUGGUAGUGGCGGAGGUGGCGGCGGCAGUAGUGCAGGAGGACGUUUCUCUGAUCGUUAUGGCCGCGGCUCCCAGAACAGUCGGAGCCGAAACCCUCCUCCGAUGCGCACUGAGAACCGACUCAUCGUAGAAAACUUGUCCUCUCGAGUGAGCUGGCAGGACCUGAAAGAUUUCAUGAGACAAGCUGGAGAGGUGACAUUUGCAGACGCACACCGGCCCAAGCUCAACGAAGGGGUUGUUGAGUUUGCUUCUGGCAGCGAUCUGAAAAACGCCAUGGACAAACUGUCUGGAAAGGAAAUCAAUGGCAGGAAAAUCAAGCUCAUUGAGGCAGCCAGGAAGAGGUCGAGAAGUCGUUCCCGGUCUGACAGCUCCUCUCGCUCACGGUCCCGUUCUCGUGGUCGCUCUCCAUCUCGCUCCCCCAGACGUUCCCGCAGCCCCGCCCACAAGCCCCACAACCGCUCCCGCUCCCGUUCCCGUUCUCGCUCCCGUUCCCGCUCUCGUUCUCGCUCUCGCUCUCGCUCCCUCAGUAGGUCCCCUGUCGGCGGCGCCUCCUCUCCAAACUCCAAGUCCAAGGACCCCCCCAAACGGCCGUCCAAGACCAGCAAGUCUGGCACCCCGCCCUCUCCUCCGCCCCUCCAGAGAGCCUCCGUCUCCCGUUCUCGUUCUCGUUCCCGCUCCCGUUCUCGCUCUCGUUCUCGCUCUCGUUCUCGCUCUACUGACAGCCAGCGCUAAACACGGCGUCUAAGUUAAAAGGGACUCAACGGUAGAAACGACUUGAUUCUGCAGGAUCUGGAGCUCCCGUGACUUCUCUUCUCCUGAACAGAGACGAGAGCGUUGCUCAAGUUUGUCUUUGAUUGUCUGGAUUAUCAUAAUUAUCCGGAAAGCUUCUCAGUUAAAACACAAACACAUCGUCAGACAGGAACAAUUAUAUUCAUUCAUAUAUCUAAUUGCAAUUGUAGGGCGAUAAAAUCAAAUACCGUAAAUGGAAGACAUUCGUGACCCAGCGAUGCUGUUUGUGUGUCGUCGUCGUCGUCGUCGUCCCCCCCCCCCCCAGCCCCCCGCCCAUGUGUAUGUUUACACCCAGUUCAUUGAUCCGGCUCGGCUGCAGGUCCCGGUCUGCCGAGCCGUCGUUUCUUCUCACACAGCCAAGUGAACCGGCGUCACGUUUCACUGUAACUGGGUCUGUAAAGCUAGUAAAGUCUACUCUCUGAAGUGGGAACCUGUACUUUGUUUGGCAGUAUGAGGCUUUUGAUAAGUCGUGUGACCACUUUCUUAACUUUUUUUUUUUUUUUUUUUGCAAUUUGUUUGCUUGUUUUUGUUUGUCAGUUGGAGAACUUUUAAUCAAUUUCAAAAUUUUUGUCCCUCGCCUCAUUUUUUCCGUAUUCUACCUACUGUAGCGACGACAGCUGGCGUGUGUGUGUGUGUGUGUGCGUGCGUGUGUGUGUGUGUGUGUGUGAUAUCUAUACCUGAGGAUGCCUGCAUGUGAUUUUUGUUUUCUAAAAAUUUAGAGUUGUAUUAUUGGCAUUGGCAGUAUCAAGAACACUACAGAUGUGCACAUUGUACCAACAGUUAAACAUCUGUACAGUAAAUUAACUGUUAAUGUGAUUGAUCUUACAUUUUCUUGCUGUUGACUCAACUUUUAUUUUGUUGGGAGGCGUAGAACUACUUUGAGGAUGAGGUCAACACUUUAAUUUCAACAGUUUAAAAUGAUGUUUUUUAAAGAACGGUUUAUUCUAGCAUUGUAAUUAAAUUUUUUAUUUCAUUUUUGGGUUUAGGGUUUUGUCUUCAGCAUUGCUGACUUUUGUUUUACAUAAGUGUAAAAUGUAAUUCCAAGAAUGCGUGUAGGUACUGUGUCUGAUGUUACCGUGGUUUAAAUGAACGUGUAGACGAGUUUGAAAAAGAAAAUGCAACAUUUUUGUACGUAAGGAUUUUAUUUUCAGUGAAAAAUAUGAUGGAUGUUUCUAUGGCGUAGGAAUACGGUGGACUGAAACAAUAAAAACAAUUUUAACUAAA